AUGGCUGGAACACCACCAAGACGUCAUUUCAAGUCACUUUUUGCUAAUUAUUCUGCUUCUCCUGGUUUAUCGGCAGCUCUGAAAAUCCCCGGAAUCUUUCGUCACUAUGAUGCAUCACAUCGACAAUUUACCUGUACAUUAAUGGACGAUGAAAGAUUGUAUGAUGCGUUGCAGAUGCAAAUGAAUGAAAUUUACAGUAAUGAAAAUGAAUGCAAUGUUGCGUUAAGAGUUAAACGAAUGGGUAUUUACGCAGCGCACGUGAAUGAUUCAUGGAAACGUGUACGUGUUGAUCAGAUUGAUUAUGAUACAAAUCAAUGUUCCAUUGAAACAGUUGAUGACGGACAGUUACUGAAACUUAGUCGUUAUGAAUUAUUUGUGUUGCAUCCGAAAUUACUCACCAACCAGUACAAACGAACUUUUGGCGUACGCUUUGUGUUACCACGUAAAUGUGGGUCCAUUUUUAGCAUAAUUAAUUAA